CGAGCCUUCGAGUCUGGAUGUUGUUUACUCUGUCCGUUUCUGCCUGCCCAUAGGUUUGACUUUGCCUGGACCAACACCCUCGUUAUGGUCGUCAUGGCUCCUAUUCACAUCACAAGAGCUCUCGAUGGAGGCAGUGCCAACACCAACGCCGUCGGCAUAGCUUACGUCGUUGCUGCCAUCAUCUAUACAUUCGCACUGGCCGGCGAGAUCUACAUGCUAUAUCGAAACCGCUCAGCUUUCUGCAUACGCAUCAGAGGCCUCGAGGUCACGUUAACAUCUGUGGCUGCGCUUCAUGUCUACCUGAUCAUUGUGCUACUGGUGUAUCCUUUGAACGGGAAUUGGCCUUGCCCGGCCGAGUUCUGGGUCAUGUCCAUCUUCCUGCCCACAGGCAUGGCCGUUUUUCAAUCCUGCAAUGCCCGAGUGCUCAAAGUGUACGAGGUCCAACGAAGAUUGCAAAAAGAUUUUCUCGCCGGCGCCCGCAAGAAGCGGUUGACCUACACUCCCAGAGGCCUCUUCGAAGCUUGGCUGGAUCUCGAUGCUUCGGCCAAAGUCAGAGUAGCCACCGUUGUUGGAUUGAUCCUUUCGUUCGUUCCCGCCCUCAUUCUCUUCCUUGGAUCGCGACGAUUCCACGCGUCUUUCGGUUUCUUUGGUCCUAUCGUGGAUACACGGUUAUGUCGUCAAGGUGGUGAAUGGGUUCCUUCCAUCCUCGUGCAGCUGUUCUGGACUGCCUUCGUUGGGCCAUGGAUUCUAUGGAAGAUCCGCAUGAUCAACGAUGUUCACUCUUGGGCAUGGCAGACAAGGCUGGCCGUAGUUGCUGGUUUACCUGGAACUCCGCUCUGGCUUGCAUUUACCUAUUCCAAAGUACCAGCUAUGAUGGACAUCAAUAUGUACUUCCCUACGGCCGGAUGGUUCAUACCAUCCCUGGUAGUCUGUCAGCAGGUGCUAAUUCUGGUCCCUCUGAUUGAACUUUCUCGGGCGCCUCUACACAAAGACGCACCACCCACGGCCAGUGAUACGGCAUCUAUCACUUCCGUAUCAACGAGUUCAUCCGAGAAGAAACCUGGGUCAAUCAUCAGCAAAGACGCGAAGCCCAAAGUCUGCAUGAAGGCAUUGGAGUACAGCAUCGAACACCACAUGGAACGCUUGAUCGACUGGACCGCAUCGCGCGAAUUUACUGCCGAAAACCCUAUUUUCCUCCGCGAAGUGUGCAAUUUCAAAAGGAAGUGGUCGGCUUUGAAGAUCGUUACGACUGCCCAGAGACGGCAGAUGCACACUGAAGCAUCGCUUAUCUUCUUUACGCUUGUCGACCCUUUCACCGCCGAGACUCCAAUCAACAUCGAAUACAAGAUUUUCAAGACGUUGCAGUCGCAAUUUCAAGGCAUGGAAUAUGACCCCUACAUGCCGCGAAGCAGCUCGCCCACCGAAUCCCUAUCAUCCGCUGCCAGAGAACAUGUCGUAUGCCCGUGGGAAAACACCCUGAAUCGACCGGCUAGUAUCGAGUCGGUGUCAAGCGUGUCUUCCACGAAGAGCAUCGUUCCGAGCGAAUUCACCCUUGAGGUGUUCGAUACGGCAUACGAAAGCAUUAAAUACCUCGUCUUCACAAACACGUGGCCUCGAUUCGUAGAUGCGGAGCUCAACAGUGACGGUGACCUGCGAGCACCAUAG